UCUCUGCCUGUGUUGAUUGUGAACAGGACCUGAUUGAGAACAGCCACAUGCUCCUGAAGCUCCAGAUCCUCGAGUCGCUGCUGCGUUUAUGAACGAGCUCAAACGCGGCGCAUUUAUGGAGUUUAUACAGGACCUGAUUGACACCGUGCGCUGGAUUGGUUUGUGUUGGCUUUAGUUGCGGAGGGUCACGGCUUCUCGAUCCUGUGAACACACACACCGAAAGCUCAGUGUCCGAGGACAGGCAUGAGUUCCCCCGGCUCCGGGUCUCCUCUCGCUCCGGAUCGCUCCGUGUCCCGGGACUCCAUGGAGGAUUACUGGAGCGAGAUGAAGAACAUCCAGGAGGACCGGCAGGACCGGCACGAGGAUCUGGUGGAGCGGGUCAGCUCAGACGAGGCGGAGCUUGAGGAGGCGUGGCUCCAGGAGGCGGGGCUUAGCACGCUGGUGACGGGGACUCAGAGCGACGGCCCGGCCGAGGCUCUUCUCUCCACGCUCACGCGAUCACAGGCCGCUAUGGUGAAGAAGCGGGUCGAUAACUACACACAAACACUGCGCAAGAGGAACCGGCAACCCACGAGACACGUGCGGGACGUCUUUUCCACGCCGGACGCCUCGUCGGAACUGACUCCUCCCAUUUCUCCAAACGGACAGAUCGCUCCCAAACUCCCCCAGUGGAAUCCUCCUAAAGUUGCUCCGCCGUGUUCGCUCUUCACUCCGCCGGACAGCAAGAGCUCCAGCAGCGGAUCCGAGCCCAUCCUGUUAGCGUUUGACGUGCCGUAUUCAGAAGGAGCUCGCGCUCACCGGAAGGGCCGCGAAUGCCACGACUGCAGGAGGAUCCGUAAAGACGACAAGGAUUUACCGGCUUUUCAGACAGUGAAACCCAGACAGGGUGUGACGCGAGUGAACGAUCUGUCGUCGGAGGACAUCAGGAAGAUCGGAUACAUCUCUCUGAUCGAACUGACCACAUUCUACGACUUCAUGGGCAUCGAGAUGAAGAGGAACCGCGUGGAGCGCAGCAAAGCUCGAGACAGCGGGAUAUUCGGUGUUCCUCUUGCUACGCUGCUGGAGAACGACCAGAAGAAAUAUCCCGGCUCCAGAGUUCCUCUGGUGUUCAGGAAGUUGUUGUCUAAACUGGAGCAGACGGGGUUACAGACGGAGGGAAUCCUCAGGGUCCCGGGAUCAGCAUCCAGAGUAAAGCACCUGCGUCAAGAGCUGGAGUUGAAGUUUUACGAGGAUCGCUUCGACUGGGAUCAGGUGCGUCAGAACGACGCGGCGGGUUUGUUGAAGAUGUUCAUCCGCGAGCUGCCGUAUCCUUUGCUAACCCAACAGCAUCUGCCAGCGUUCACAGCGGCUCAGAGUAUCUCGUCCCCCAAACACCAGAUUCAGGCUCUUCAUCUUCUCAUCAUGCUGCUUCCCGAAGCCAACAGAGACACGCUGAAGGCUCUCCUGGAGUUCCUGAGAAAGGUGGUGGCGUACGAGGAGAAGAACCGCAUGAGUCUGUGGAACGUCUCUAUGAUCGUAGCGCCAAAUCUCUUCACUUUCCGCGGGAAGAACGCCAAACAAGAGGAGAUGCAGAUCGCCGUCUCUGCCGCCCAACUCGUGCGUCUCCUCAUUACCCAUCAGGACCUGCUGUGGACGGUCCCUUGUUUCCUGAUCUCCCACGUCAGAAAAAUGAACGAAGCCGCCAUGGGCAAGAAAACGCCAACCUCGGAGAAAACCAAACGCAGACUAUUGAGAAGAUGGAACACGGAGAAGGACCGAGACCGCAGCGAAGUCACGGACCUUCGCGACGGAGUCAUCAGAGUUCACGCGCCGCUUCACGCUAAGGUUUCGAUGGCGAUUCAGCUGAGCUGCGAGAUGAAGGCCAGAGACAUCACGGCACGCUUCGACAUAGAGAACGGGCGCGGGUCGCGAAGCGCUAGUCGGCGACAGAGACAGUGUCUGUUCGAGGUGGGAGGAAACAUCGGCGAGCGCUGCCUGGAUCCAGACGCACAUUUACUAGAUGUUUACCACGCGAAUCCUCACUGCGAAUGGGUGUUAAAGUCACGCUGACCUGAGAACAGUUGGACACGCGUGUGUUCUGCAAAGGUGCUCCAGAGGUCAGAGGUCAAACCCUGAGGUUGACCUUUGUGGCGUGGUUCAAUGCUGGUCGUUGAGUGUGCCUGGUGCCAAAACUGUGUGACGUCCCGGACAGAAGCAUGUUUCAUUACUUCUUACCAC